GUCUGUCGUGAAUGAAUACCAGGAUCAUCGACUAGCUGGUGACAGUCUCGAAAACACUUUGAAGAUGGACCUGUGUGCAACAACUUUAACCCUCGUGGCAGCGUUCCUCCUCGUGUACCACUUCCUGUGGAAGCCGAUGAAGUACUUCGAGCGACUGGGAAUCCCACACGAACCUUGGAUUCCGAUCCUAGGCCACAUAGCACCUCCCUUGUUCCGUCGUAUCUUCAUGGGAGAUUAUCUUCAGCGGAUGUACAAUCGUUUCUCGGAUGCCAAGUAUUUUGGAUUCUAUAAUUUCACCACGCCCGUGAUAGUGCUUCGCGACCCUGAACUUCUCACCUCGAUCACAGUGAAAAACUUUGACAACUUCACCGACCAUCGCGGCUUCGUUGACGAGGAGCUGGACCCUCUGAUGGGGAAGAACCUGUUUGCUCUUCGCGGUGAUCGCUGGCGAGAGAUGAGGAAGACGUUGAGUCCAUCCUUCACCUCUUCCAAGAUGAAGAUCAUGUUUAACCUGAUCGUCGAUUGCGCAGAUAAUUUCACCAACCACAUCGCCAAGGAAUCGAAAGGAGGGAAGGUGUAUAACUUGAAGAAGAUCUUUGGACGAUACGCAACCGAUGUUAUCGCAACGUCCAGCUACGGGGUCGCUAUCGACUCAAUGAAGCAUCCCAACAACGAGUUCUACGUAUUCGCUGAAAACUCGAUAAACUUGUCGCCUGUCAAGUCCUUAAAGCUGAUGAUAGGAAAUAACUUUCCUAGAUUGACCAAACUGUUUGGGAUUAAGAUCAUGAGCGAUGAGGAUCGCCGUUACAUCACUGGUGUUGUUGCAAACGCUGUUACUACGAGGAAAGAACAGGGUAUCUACCGUCCAGACAUGAUCCAAUUGAUGAUGGAGGCGAGGAACAAGGACGGAACGGAGCUAACCAUCGACGAAAUGACAAAUCAAGCGUACGUCUUCUUCCUGGCAGGGUAUGACACGUCCUCUAGCUUCCUGUGCUUCACUGUUCACGAGAUCGCAGCGAAUCCAGACGUGCAAGCCAAGUUGCGAGCAGAGAUCCAGGAAGUUGUUCGAAAGACAGGUGGAAGUCUCUGCUACGAUGCCAUCAAGGAGAUGACUUACAUGGACGCAGUCCUGAAGGAAUCAGGCAGACUAUACCCUGUAGUGACACGACUAGACCGUGUAUGCGUGGAAGAAUUCACGUUUCCACCAGCGACUCCGAAUUCGAAGCCAUUCACCAUGAAACCAGGGGGACUCGUGUGGUUCAUGCCUUUCGCCAUCCAGCGUGACCCAAAAAACUUCCCUGAUCCACUCAAGUUCGAUCCCAAUAGGUUUCUGAACGACGACGUUCCUCAAAACAUUAACGUUCCGUUCGGUAUAGGCCCAAGAAUCUGCAUAGCGAAGAGAUUUGCUUUGAUGGAGGCUAAGAUCGUGUUAAUCUACCUCUUAUUGCGCUGCGAGAUAGAACCCUGCGCUCAGACCACGUUACCAAUGAGAUUCGACAAAAAGAGAUUCGGGCUGGUUGCUGACAAUGGGUUCUGGCUGAACUUCAAGGCUAGGGAUGAAGCUGUUAUUUGAGAAUAGAAUUGUUGGAUAAAGGGAAGCUUCUUUUGGAAAAUGCUUUGAUUGUGAUAUACUUAUGUAUUAAGAUUAAAUACUAUGAUACUAUGGUCAAACUGUUUGUUAACAUACUGUUUAUUUAAGAGAAUAAAGAAUCCUCUGUACUAAAGUAACCUA